AUGUUUGAAAGCGACGAGUUCUGCGGUACGUCUUCCCAGAGUGAGCAGAUGUCUGAGGCGCAGUCCCUCGGCUAUGUCCCAUCCAGUCCAACUCCGACUCCAGCUGCUCUAGUCCUGAGCCGAAACCAUUGGCAGAGCCACGGGUCAGAAGGCCGCUGAACGCCUUUAUUAUCUGGACCAAGGAGGAGCGCAGAUGCCUUGCCCAACUCAACCCUGAACUAGAGAACAAAGACCUCAGCAAAAUUCUCUGUACAUUUUAUUCAAAUAAUUCCCAUUGGAAUUAAAACUAUGAUGAGACUAUUCAUAUUUCAACAAUUACCAAAAUCAUUAUUAGCCUAUUAACCAAUUGAUGACAUGGCAAGUUAGCUGAAUGUAGCAUGGAUAUUGUGUGUUUUGUGGUGUUGCUAUACUAAUAACUAAUAUGAUUGUGUUGCUACAGGUAAGACCUGGAAGGCCAUGUCUCUGGAGAGAAGCGGCCCUACAUGCAGGAGGCAGAGUGCCUGAGAGUACAGCACACCAUCGACCACCCCAAGUACAAGUACCGGCCCCGCAGGAAGAAGCAGCUGAAGAAGGGCCCCAAAGCCCUACCUGUGGAGGCCCCGGCCCCUCUCUCCACCCUCUGCAGCAAGGGCUUCACCAUGCCUUAUGAUCUCGACUACCUAAUCCAGAACCAGUGCCAUCAGCAGCAAGCCUACCCAAACCCAGCCAUCUACCCAAACUCCCAGGCAUACUUCUCCCAUAUGCCUGGGACCUACCGCAACAGGUCCAUUUACCCAGACCCAGCAGCCACAUUCCCUAACAAGCCUCAAAAUACUCUAACACAGCGAUGUACCCAGCAGAACCUCAUCCAUACUAUUCUACCCAGCAUGGGCUGCAGCAGUGUGGGGCCCCCAGCCCAGCCUAUGCUGUGUCUCAUUGGGAGCAGGGAACUUCAGGGCCUGAUGUCCCUAGCUGUUCUCCUCCACUGGCCCCUCUCUGGAGUUCUAUCUGGAGCAGGUUCACCUAGAUAUGCUGUAUGAUCUGGACCAGAGUGAGUUUGAACAGUACCUGGGCCCGCCCCCACGCCAGCCUGAGCCAAUGGAGUCCAGUUAUCACCAGCAAAGCAGCCUACGGGAGACCUGA